AUGGAGUGUCCAAAUCAAACACAGCCAGCUGUAUUCAUCAUCUCAGGCUUCUCAUUCCCCAAAGAACUUAAGGUGCCACUAUUACUUUAUUUCUUCCUUAUGUACAUUUUGACUCUCUGUGGAAAUUCCCUGAUUGUCUGGGUGGUGGCAUCUGAGGUCCAGUUGCACAAGCCCAUGUACUGGUUCCUUUGCCAUUUGUCCUUCCUGGAUAUGGCUUACCCUUCUAUUGUGGUCCCCAGAUUGAUUGCAGGGUUCUUCCCUAGUGGAAAGAUCAUCUCCUUUGGAGAAUGUGUAUGUCAGGUAUUUUUUUUCCAUUUCCUUGGAUGUGCUGAAUGUCUCCUUUACACCAUUAUGGCUUAUGACCGCUUCAUUGCCAUCUGCAAGCCCCUCCACUACAGCCAUAUCAUGCAUUGGAGUGUCUGCCUCAACCUCUGCUUGGGUGCCAUGAUUGGAGGCUGCAUGCACUCAGUGUUAGAGACGACCCUAACCUUUCGAUUGCCCUAUGGAUGGAACAACCAGAUUGACUAUGUCUUUUGUGAUAUCCCUGCCCUACUAAAGCUGACUUGUGCAGACACAAUACUCAAUGAGAUGGUGACCAUGGUGGACAUCGGCCUUGUGGCCAUGGGCUGCUUCAUUCUUAUCCUGACGUCCUAUGUCUAUAUUGUCUCCACCAUUUUGAGGAUCAACAGCAGUGAAGGGCGUCGCCGGGCCUUCUCCACGUGCUCAGCCCACAUCACAGUGGUCGUUAUCUAUUACGUCCCGAUCGUUUUCCAUUACCUGAGGCCAGCAUCUCAGGACUCCGUGGAUGGUGUGGUGAGCAUGUUCUACACCACAAUAACCCCGUUUCUGAAUCCUGUCAUCUACACAUUCAGGAAUAAGGAGAUGAAGGCUGGUCUGUCGAAACUACAAAAUGAUGGAAGCCUCUUCAAUGCAUCUGAAGUAAUUAGAAGAAACAAAUUAAAAAAGACAGGCCAGCCCAAUCCUGGCCUGUUAAACUUCCCGCUGCAGUUGGUGAUUGGCGGGGUUUAUGCGCCCUGUGUUGGGGCGCCUGGGGACAGCCCAGUCGCCUCUGCGCAUGGGCGCGUCUGGCUUGGUUGA